UGUCCGGCAGACGGACAGAGGAGAAGUAGAGGAGAAGUGAUGCGCGCACAGGCUCCACUUUUACGCAUCAGUUACUCGUGUAAGCAUCAAUGCAGAAGUUACCUUAGAUCUGGAUUGUAUAUACAGAUUUCCAUCAGUGUCUUUUUAAAUCAGGUUGAAGCACUAAGAGAAGGGAAGCAUACACCCGCGGGGUAAGCGGAUCAAGUGGACCCAGAGAAAGUUUCCGUCAUGGGAGCGCGUGGAUGGAGCUCUGCGCGUCUCGGGUUUGUCGUUUGUGGAUAUUUAGUGUUUUUCUGCGGGGAGAUUUUCCCACAGGUUGAAGCAGGCUGCAGAGAGAGAGAGAGCCCAAACUGCUGCACCGGCCGUAACAAUGAAUGUUUUGAGUACACCAGGAGAAAAACUGUGUGCUACUGUGAUACCUACUGUCAGAAAACCAGGGACUGCUGCGAGGACUACCAGAGCGUGUGCCAAAUAUCUGCAGCCAUUGACUGUGAGGUGGGCUCAUGGGGUCCCUGGUCAUCAUGCACAUCACCUUGUGGAGUUGGCAGCACAGAAAGGAGCCGCCAGGUGUCUGUUCCUCCUAGAAACGGAGGCACGCCAUGUCCCGAUCUCAAACAGCGUCGAGGAUGCUUCGGAAACAACGCCAUAUGCAGCACUGCGAAAGAGGUGGCAAAGAUCCUGCCUGAUUCUUUCAAGAGGAACUUCAAGGACCCAUGGAGGCGACCACACAUGCUGAUGAAGGAGGAGAAGGCCAGUUACUGUGUGUACCUGCGAGUGAAACAGGCCAGUGCAGCGUGUAAACUCAAACUGUGGAGUGCUCAGCUGGUGAGAGAGAGGAUGGUCUGUGCAGAGUGUCAGAGUGAUGCCAUGUCAAAGUCAGACCGCUGUGGAGGUGAUGGCCUAGAGAGCACCAGAACGUUCUGGUCAGCAGCUUCAGUCCCCGGCUGUCAUGGCUCCUGGGUGCGAGAGUCAUCCUCAGAGGGCUGCCGGUGUCCUCCCUACUCUGUGCUCUUCGUUUGAGCCGACAUGUAAACCUCAGACAUCCAAAUGCAGGGACAAGAUUUCCCUCAACGCCUUCUGCUUACUGUGGAGAGCCCUGCCAGCCAAGCCAGACCGCUCUGAUCCAGAAUACUGGAUAGGUAACUCAAGGAGACCAGCAGCAUCCUGCCACUUUUUCUUUUCACCUCAUAUUCUGUACUGUAUACACUUUUACCAAGCACACAAAAGCUCUUGCAUUUUACAGCCACAUUAUGUUCUUAUUCUCUUCCAAAGCACAGCAGCAAAUAUGCUUUUUACCUCUAAAUCUUUGCUAUCUACCUCCAUCAAUGCAAGGGCAUUUGUUUAUGCCUAAUGUAUAAAUAUAUAAAUAUAUUAUUUUGCUUUAUACAUUUUCUACUUUUAAUUGUUUAUAUGUUAUACGUGACCAUAUAGCUUCAGCUAUUUGUAUACAACAGUUUAAACACCAAACAGCAGUUGCUGCAGCCAGUUAAAGCCCCAAUCCCCUGCAGGUUGGAGAUGCUGAAAACUGGUUCAUCCAAAAUGUGUCCAUUGCUAAAAUCCUUGAGUCAAUAUUUCUGUGUUUAAGAUUGUGUCCUUUUUAUUAUUUCUUUCAACAAAAACAUGUAUACCAGCAAGUCAAGAUGGAUAUCAGGUAUUGAUUCUCAGGUGCUGAGAUUUGUGUUACCAAUCAUGCUCUCUCUUUCUGAUGUCAGUCAUGGAUGUUUUUCACUAGUUUCAAGUGACUCAGAGCUGAAAUCAGUCCCAUCUGUUUAGAUCCAAAGUUAUUGGAGAGGAAAAAGAGCCAUCUAAUUGAAUUUCUCUGUGGUUCUCUCUGUCCUCUGUGUCCAAGGCAGAAUUGCUUAAUAACUAUGUUGUUUUCACUCCCUGCCCUUCUCAGAAAACCUAUAACUUUCACAAGGGGAGUUUAUUAUCCAAUAUAACUAUCACAUACACUACAGCAACGUUCCUCUCAUCUUAUUAGCAAAAUCUCCUCCCAGCACUCCCAAAAGCUCCCCCAUCUGCACUCCUGUUCCUUCAUCUGCACUCUUUUUCUUUCUUGUGUCUUGGUGUUGUCUUUAAAAGAAACAGCAAAUUAACUACAGCAGUACAUUCACGACUUAAAAAGGGCAGUCGGCUCAUUCCUGCAUCUCUGUAUUUGCCGGUAUAAGAGGAGGACACGUGUGGUACCAGUAAAGGCUUUUCUCUCAGGAAAGCUGUGACUUUCUCUUCCUCUCCCUUGUCUGUGUCUGUGUUUGUGUGUUUAUUUAUUAUAAAACCAGUGAUGAUUUUAUUAGUGCAGCACAGCAUACUCUGUACACUGUCCAUUAGUGAAAAUAAAAAAACUAUACAGUCA